AUGAAUUUAAUGAUUAGUAUGCUUUGCAUGGUUCAAAGUCAAUUUAGUUUGCUUUUAUCCUCGAAUAAUCGUUGUAAUAAUGUGUUAUUAGUGCAUUCUCCAUAUAAUAUCACAGAAGAAUAUGUACCUUUUCAUUACAUUAUGCAAAAAACGUUGAUUAUCACGAAUCCAUGUGAUACAGCUAAAUCUGUUCUCGUUCAAAAUCAUACUGUCUAUGUGUUUUAUCCAGGCCAAUCUCAAAGGAAACGCUUAUGCGUCGCACGUCACAUCAUCGAUCAACAAAUUCCAACUGUAAGCUCGAUUGUAUAUCUAAAGAACGACUUGAUUCUAUUGAUCGAUGGUAUAUUGUAUCGAACACAAAAUAUCAUCAGUGCGAUAAAAAAUACAGAUCUAAUUUAUCAAGUCUUACGUUAUCCAAAUGUGCCCAUUUCGUUCGAUAAAAUCAAUCAUAUCUUCACUACACCUUGUUGUGCAUGCCUUCGAAACAGCACUGAUCAUCUUACCAGUCAAGACUUCAAUGAACUAGCUAUACUAGCCGAUACGAAAGGAAACGUGAAUAUUUUUCAUUUUCCAUCAAUGUCUGUCAUAUACAAUGUUCCAAAUAUCUUUCAAUCUCAAUCGAUUUGUCAAUCAAAUCAAUGCAGUAUACUCUAUCUUGGACUUUUUCAUGCUAUUCCGAUGAUCAUGUGUGUUGUCAAAUACGAAACGAAAAAAGCAAUGAUUUAUUAUCAACCGAUCUUCGACUACCAUUCAUCUUUUCAAAACUCUACGAUUGUAAACUUCACCGAUGAUAUUCUAUUCGUUACGCCAACAUCUUUUCCCAAUGCAUACUUUCUUUGGGAUACGAAAACAAUCUAUUACACACCCAACAAUGGACUUACCUUAUCAGAAGUGACAUUGAAUGGUUGUCAAGUCGAUUAUUUAGAUCACAUAACUGAAAAUGACUUGAAAAUCUAUUAUAAGAACCUCGAGAUCGAUUAUGACAACAUAUCUUUAAUAACGAAACAAAUCUUUUGUUUAAACCAAACAACUUUUGAUUAUCUGAUGAUUCUAAAUGCCGAAUUUUACGUGCGAAUCGAUGACAAUCAUUGGUUAUAUGGAAAGGAAUCGUUUUUUCCAUCGAUGACGAAGCUUCCAUCAGAAAUUGAAUGCAUUCCGACGAUGAGUUUGAAUAUUAGUCGAUGUUUAACACACAUUGCUCCAGAACUCGUCGCGUGUUCAUCAUUCGUUCAAUCAUCAUGUUCAUAUCGACGUUUCGAACCUUUAUUUCACAUCGAUCGCAUACACAUUCUGGAGAAGAACAGCCAUGAAGAAUUCCAGUUCAUACUCGAGGCGUAUACAAUCAUUCCGAUAAUGAUUGUGAGUAUCGAAUCCGACUUUUUUCAUUAUUCGAUUGAUUACACCAUUGGUCAUCUUGAAAAUGGAAUCAUCCAAGUGAAAGGAAGAAUGAUCAUUUCCACAACAAAUCAAACGAGUGAUCUCUAUGGCUUGAGUUUAAUGUCAUUUCGUUUGGGUCUUGUUCAACAUGGUUAUUCAUGUACUCAAAUGCCAUCGUUUUCAUUUCAGGUCGAAGCAUCAUGUUCGAUAGACAGCGCAUUACGAAUAACAUCGGAUAACGAAUAUAAACCAUGGGAUGAAUCGAAUCCAAUAAUCGAUACUGAAUGGUAUCCUUUACUUAUAAAUCAGUAUGAAAUGUCACAUAUUAUUCCCCUAGGAUUCGAGAAAAUCUUCCAGAAAACAUCAUCCAUAAGUUUUCUCCAAUCUACAUCAAGAUCAGGCAAAAUGAUUCAGUUCUACUAA